CAUCACCAUCAUCACCAUUUAAAAGGGGAGCCAACUGCCAAAGAGGCGACGAUCCAGGCGGUCCUUCCCGUGCUCCCUCCUCUUGUUUUCUCCGCCCCGCCUCCUUCCCCUUCUUCUCCUAUAUUAAAACCGACCCUCUUCCCCCACUUCAUUUCUUGCGAAUUCGAUCCGACCGCAUUUUCUCUCUCUUCCUUCCUUUCCCCCCUCCUCUCGUCGCCACCAUGUCCGCCGCUUCCCUCUCUUCUGCCAUCAACGCUAUCCGCUCCUCCUCCUUCGCCCACGACAGGUCCGCCCUCGCCUCGAACGCCAGCCACCCCUCGUCCUCUGCUUUCCUCGGAUCCACCGCCCGGCUCCGCUUCAACCCCAUCUCGAGUUCCGCCGGCCGCCCCCGGUCCUCCGCCGCCGUCGCCGCCGUCGCCGCAUCCAAUGUCGUCAAGGAGAAGCAGCCCAAGUCCUCUGUCUCCGGCUCCAAUCUGCUGAUCACGAAGGAGGAGGGAUUGGAGCUCUACGAAGACAUGGUUUUGGGGAGGGCGUUCGAAGACAUGUGCGCUCAAAUGUACUACAGGGGCAAGAUGUUCGGCUUCGUCCAUCUCUACAACGGGCAGGAAGCUGUCUCGACGGGCUUCAUCAAGCUCUUGAAACAGGAGGAUUCCGUGGUCAGCACCUAUAGGGACCACGUCCACGCGCUCAGCAAGGGAGUGCCGGCCCGCCAGGUUAUGAGCGAGCUGUUCGGCAAGGAAACGGGCUGCUGCCGAGGCCAGGGAGGCUCCAUGCACAUGUUCUCGAAGGAGCAUAAUUUGAUCGGUGGAUUCGCUUUCAUCGGCGAGGGGAUUCCGAUCGCCACCGGCGCGGCGUUCACGUCCAAGUACAAGAGGGAGGUCUUGAAGGAAGAGGGCUGUGAUCAUGUGACCGUGGCCUUCUUCGGGGAUGGGACUUGUAACAAUGGACAAUUCUUUGAGUGCCUGAACAUGGCUCAGCUGUGGAAGUUGCCUAUCAUCUUUGUUGUGGAGAAUAAUCUGUGGGCAAUUGGUAUGUCCCAUUUGAGAGCUACUUCUGAUCCUCAGAUUUGGAAGAAGGGUCCUGCAUUCGGGAUGCCCGGAGUGCAUGUGGAUGGGAUGGAUGUGUUGAAGGUGAGGGAGGUGGCAAAGGAGGCCGUCGGAAGAGCGAGGAGAGGAGAGGGACCUACCCUGGUCGAGUGCGAAACUUACAGGUUUAGAGGACACUCUUUGGCUGAUCCCGAUGAGCUUCGUGAGCCUGCUGAGAAGGCCAAGUAUGCUGCAAGGGAUCCCAUAGCAGCUUUGAAGAAGUACAUAAUUGAAAGCAAGCUGGCUAGCGAAGCCGAACUCAAGGCAAUCGACAAGAAAAUUGACGAGGUAGUUGAAGAUGCCGUGGAAUUUGCGGAUGCAAGCCCUCAGCCACCCAGAAGCCAGCUAUUGGAGAAUGUGUUUGCAGAUCCUAAGGGAUUUGGCAUUGGCCCUGAUGGAAGGUACAGAUGCGAGGACCCCAACUUUACUGCAGGAACCGCCAAGGUUUAGUAGCCUCGUUGGGUUACGGCAUGAUAUUUUUUCUACUAUCACUGCUUCCUGUACUACUGCAAUCUUUUGAAUAUUUUUAAUUAUUGCCAGAGAUGUAAGAAUAAUUAAGUUAUUGCAGUCGAAAUCUUCUGCUUCUGCAUUUCUCGUUUAGUAAUUUUCUUGCUGCUAUUUGCGAGGGAUUUUUGAUUUGCAAAGAAACACUUAAUGUCAUGUAGAAGUUUUCUAUCUC